AUGAUCAGAGGGAGAGAAGCAAAGGAAGCUAUGAACAUCCCAGGCAACCAGCACGUGCCCAUGGUACCAGGUGUACCUGACUUCUCCAACUACAUGCCCAACGUACCAGAUGUACCGAACUUCUCCGACCUCAUGCCCAAGGUACCAAAUGGACCUAUGAACUUCUCAGACGACAAGAACCUCUUGGACAUGCUCAAGGGCAAAUACAACAGACCAGCAUACAUCGUAGUGCUCUUGAUUACCAGCCUCGUUCUUGUAGCUGUUCUCAUCAUGUUCGGUUCAUACAGGCGUCAAUCUCACCAGAUGUUGCUCAAGUUGGCUCUGUUGGGUUCCUACUCUCUGCAUCUCUACAUCAUAUCAAACACCCUCGGUCUGAUGCAAUCGCCUCCCUAUAAAAUCGAGCUAUAUGCUAUCUGGGCUGUGCUUUGGCUCCUCAUUCAUGAAACAGCGUCCUCUACACUCAGUAAACUGCGAGACACCCAAAAUGGAGUGAGCAAACUUUUGCAAGAUAUCUUUCUCUUAUAUUUAGUAUGUUGGGUGUAUUACGUGCAUCACAAUCAAAGCUGGUGGACCGGGCCACUCGCAUUGGUAUUGCUAUUCAGUGUUCUGAAGUGUGGUGUUAGGCUGAUACGAAGCGCCCUUACUUCCUUACACUUGUGUCAUUCAGUUAGCUUAGAAACGAGAACCAUACUGAUCACAGAUUUCAUGAGAUAUGAGGACAAACUAAGCAGCAAUGGUGAAGAAAUCGACCCAGUCAAUAUGCAAGGGUACAAGUACUUGGUCAAGGGAGAAGAAAGAUUAAAUAUGGAAAUGGCUCAUCCUCCCAACAAAAUGGAGAUCGAUGAUGGAGUCAUUACAAUUGAAAAGGUUUUUCAAUGUAAAGAGAAGCUAUUGAAGUCUGAUGGUGGUGACCCAAGUGGGCAUUUGAAAGACAUGUGCCUCUCGUUUGCCUUGUUCCGGAUGCUGAUGAGGAGAUUUCGGGGACACCCAUUGCACGAGUGCGGUCUACCAAAGACUUGGAAAUUUGUUCACCGUGGGCUACUUUCCAAGACCGAUAGGGAUCAUGAAAGAGCUUAUAGAGUCAUUGAAGUAGAGCUUUCAUUUCUCUACGAUUGCUUCUACUCCAAUUAUCCUGUCAUUUUCAGUGAUCGAAUUUUAUUCUUAGGUGGGACUGUAAUAUAUAUGAUCAAGGAGAUUGUCAAAUUCAGCGCUGGUCUUUUGAUAGCAGAACAGCUUAUGAAGUUGAAUUCAAACUUUGAGAAGUACGACUCGAGUCCUUUAUUCUGCAAGUCAAACCAGUUCAUGGCCAUGCCACCUAUGUCCAUGCCCCCAUCUAUGCAACGACAGAUGAAUGAUAUCCAAAAGAAUAUCGAUGACAUGCAAAAAAGUAUCCAAGAUAGCAUCUGCGGCGAGAUAUUGUCAAAUCUACCUGGCAAAAACCAUGUUUUGGGUACCUUCGUUGUUAUAGGUCUGUUCUUCUUCCUUCAGAUUCUGCAGUUUCUCACCUUUGUGUUUUCGGAUUGGACAAAGGUAUCGUUGCUCUGCAAACAUGUACAGAAACCCUGUUGGCUAAGGAUUAAGAUCUUCAAAUGGGCAUCCGAGUUUAUUUGUCGACAUCAGUUCAUUAAAAUGAAGCCUUGGAGGAAGAAAAUGGGGCAGUACGAUCUUCUUUCUUCAUUCAAUUACAACCCUAUAUCAUUCUUCCUAUUUUGUGCCUGCGCUGACAUGACUAAACGAGGGCAGAAAGACAGUGACUUCAUAGAAUUACAUCCAGACGUGAAAAGAGCCGUUCUCAAUCCUCUAAUGCUGGACGACCCUCAAUUAGAAAACCGUCAAUUGACAAAUGGGGUCUCUUCAUUGCAGCAAAAUAAAGUAGAUCAAGCUCUCUCUUGGGCUUGCGAACUCGAGACAAACACGCACACCAUCUUGGUUUGGCACAUCGCAACCACUCUUUGUGAGAUGGAGAACACUCUCGAUUGUAAAGCUAUGGAUUCUGGUGAGAAGAAAUCAAAACCCGGCAUUCAAACCAGCUCAUCUGAUGAAAAUGAUUCUUGUGAAGAAGAACAAAAUCGCCGCAUCGCCACCAGCUUAUCUGGAUAUUGUGCCUACCUUGUAGCUUCUGUUCCAGCACUGUUGCCUGAUCCUACAGAUACUACUGAAGCUGUAUUUGAUAAGACAAUAUUACAAGCGAGAGAAUUACUUGAAGAAUGCGCUACCGUAGCUGACAGAUACAAGAAGUUGAGGGAAAUCAAGGACAGCUCAAAUAUAAUAAAAAAAGGUGCUAAGAUGGAAAUCAAGGACAGCUCAAAUAUAAUAAAAAUGGGUGCUGAGAUUCAAAAUCAACUGCUAUCGUUGUUUCCAGUCGAAAGGUCUCGGUGGAAGGUGUUGGCAGAAUUUUGGGUGGAAUUGAUGUUAUUCCUUGCUCCAUCAGAUAAUGCCAUGGCCCAUGCAGAAAACCUAGCGAAUGGUGGUGAAUUCAUCACACACUUAUGGGCAUUGCUCACUCACGCAGGUAUCAUCGAAAGAAACUCUUCUCUCCAGCAUGAUGAAGAGAACCAAAAUUCAGCUUCUUAG